CUUCCCCUUUUUCCUCACUUUUUAUUUUUUUAUAUUUCUGCUUAAAAGAGCCGACCAUGUCUGAUGAACGCGUAGGAAACUGGGUGAAAAGAGAAAACGUCUUUUCUCAGGACCCCCUUUCGUGGGCCUCGGAACAAAGGGUGUACGAAUGGCAUCCAAGCUACACUUUGGGAAAUGCUCCAAGCGAUCCUGCCCUUGAGGAGGAGCUAUUUUCUGAAGAAAGCAGAGUAAAUUCAGGAAUAAACUUCAAAAAUUAUGCGCAUAUGAAAAUCUCGAUUAAGGACGGGCCGCCGGAUUUAUUGCCACUUCAGACUUUUAAUGAUGCUAGCCUGCAUCCAAUAAUCGCGGAAAAUGUCGACAGGAUGAGAUAUAGUGAACCAACUCCAGUGCAGAAAAGCGCCAUUCCCAUAAUCCUUCAAGGAUAUGAUAUCAUGGCUUGUGCUCAAACUGGCUCCGGUAAAACAGCCACUUUUUUAAUUCCUAUUAUCUCCAACCUUGUAUCUAAAUUCGAACGAGGUCGCUUAAACAUCAUCCGACCCCAGUCAAGAAUGCCAUUCAAAUCAUCACCUUUACUCCUGGUAAUAUUGCCAACCCGUGAGCUGGCUAUUCAAAUAUUCAAAGAAGCACGAAGAUUCACCUACAGGACGCCAUUGCGUCCCGUAGUAAUCUACGGUGGGGCAGAGCCUCGGGUCCAAAGGGAACAAGUCGCCAAAGGCGCUGAUAUACUCAUUGCCACGCCUGGUCGACUAAAGGAUAUGAUGGAAAGAGGCAUCAUUUCAUUAAGUCAUGUCCGUCAUGUUGUUCUGGAUGAGGCUGACAGAAUGCUAGAUAUGGGAUUUGAACCCCAAAUCCGUGCUAUCAUCCAAGCUUCCGAUCUCCCACGAGACGAAAGCCUUCAAACAUUAAUGUUUAGUGCAACAUUCCCCAGACAGAUCCAAAAGCUCGCAUGGGAUUUUCUGAAACACAAUUGCUGCAGGAUCAGAGUUGGACGUAUUGGAGGCACAACGAGCGACAUUACUCAACGUAUCAUUAAGCUUCACGAAUAUCAAAAGAAAGAAGAAUUGGAACAUAUUCUUCUAACUUUCCCUCCUGCAAGAACAAUGAUAUUUGUCGAAACAAAACGGACAGCUGAUAAUCUCGAUGACUAUUUGUACAACAAAAAAUUUCCAACGUGUUCCAUCCAUGGAGAUCGUACCCAAAAAGAGCGAGAACUUUCGCUUAAGGCGUUCAAGGAAGGCAAAAGCCCUAUCCUUAUCGCCACAGCAGUAGCAUCUCGCGGACUAGAUAUAAAGGAUGUUAUGCAUGUUAUCAAUUACGACCUCUGUAACGAUAUCGACGAAUAUGUUCACAGGAUCGGGCGCACAGCCCGUGUUGGGAACCAAGGGCUCGCUACAUCAUUCUAUACAAGUUACAACGAGCCCUUGGCACCCCAACUUACCAAGCUCUUGAUUGAAUGCAAACAGGAAGUUCCAGACUUCUUGAGAGAUUUCAUCAAUCCAAACACAACAUAUGAAACGGAGGACUUUAUUGAUGAACCCACCACUUCAAAUGCUGACUUUCAUGGUACCUGGGAUAAAAAUCCUAAUUGGUGAUGACUGUCUUUUGAGUCGCCUAGUCAUUCAACAUAUCUGCAUCAUUGAAGGCUACCCUGCUGAAUAAAAAAUAAAGAAAAGCUAGUGUUUCUGUG